AAAGUGCUUAGGGAGGUGUGUUAUAUUUUUGGUAUCAUAGCCAAGAUUUUGCUGAUAUAUUGAUCUGCCAUAUGAGUUAGAGUCUAGUGUCAUAGAAUUAGACUUUGCCUAACUAUUAGUUUUGCACUCUUUGUUUGUACCAGUAUCAGAGAAGAAAGAUGAGUCAAGGAGACAAUACUUUUACUCCUCCUCCUGCUGAUGAUGUGAAUGCCCGAAUGGACAUAAUGCAAAAGGUCAUUACGGAUAUGAGUUCCAUCUUUAGGGAUUAUCUUCAACAUCAGAACAACAAUAAUGCCCCACAAAACACUGGUGGCAAUUCACAACAAACAAUGGACUCUAGGGAAGGAAAUGAGCAGUUGACAUUGGUGAAGCAAUUUCAGAACAUGAACUUGCCUAGCUUCAAGGGAGUUCCUAAUCCCUAUGUAGCUGAGUCUUGGGUUAAGAAAUUAGAAAAGAUGUUCAAGCUCUUGAUAUGUACUGACAGGCAAAAAGUGGAGUUGGCAAUGUUCACAUUUGAAGCUGUGUUGGAAAGAAAGGAGCGGGAGUUCAUGAAUUUGAAGCAAGAUGACAUGACAGUUGAUGAGUAUCAAAUUAAAUUCAGUUAUCUUAUGAAGUUUGCUCCUCACGUUGUUAAUGAUGAAGUUAAGAAGACAAGGAAGUUUCAAAGAGGGUUGAAAGCUUCCAUUAGGAACAAGGUGGUUCCUGAAAUGCUAAAGACUUAUGAUGAGGUCUUGGCCAUGGCUCAAAUAAUUGAGCAAGAUAUGGAGGAGCAAAAAAUGGAGACUCAUGACUCAAAAGGCAAGGGAAAGGCUAUCAACAACCAGCCUUUCAACAAGAAGCCUGAGCAAAGGAGAAAAAGGAAGAUCCUCGAAAGCAACAGACCAAGUUUUGAUUUUUGUAAGAGGUGCGGUAAGAACCAUGGGGGAAAAGAAUGUUAUUGGCAAACUAGAGCAUGUUUCAAGUGUGGAAAGACUGGCCACUUGAUCAAGGAUUGCUCGAUUCUCAAGGGAGCAAGUCAACAGCCAAAGGAUCAAAACAAUAAGAAGCCCAAGGUUCAACGAAAAGUUUUUGCCAUCCCAGAACAACAAGCUCAAAACACUCCUAUAGUUAUAAAAGCUAACAUACCUAUCUCUUUUGGGAAUGCCCAUGUGUUGAUUGACUAUGGAUCUACCCACUCAUUUGUGUCAUCUAAGUAUGUGCCAUUUUUGCAUGUGGAGCCUGAGACCCUUGAUUGUGUGCUUGUGGUGAAUACUCUUUCUAAGGAGGUUUUAACAUCAAAAACCAUUUAUAGAUCCUGUAGAGUUAUGGUAGAGGGUAGAGUUUUGCUUGUCGAUCUUAUUUUGUUAGGAAUAAUGGAAUUUGAUGUCAUACUUGAUAGGGAGAUUGAAUUUACUACAGACCUUGUGCCUGGUAUUGCACCAAUAUCCCAACAACCUUAUAGAAUGGCCCCAGCAGAACUAAUUGAAUUGAAAAAGCAAUUGCAAGAGCUUCUUGAUAAGGGACGGUUGAAUCAAGUCACCAUAAAAAACAAAUAUCCUUUGCCAAGGAUUGAUGAUUUGUUUGAUCAGUUACAAGGGGCUCGUGUCUUUUCUAAAAUUGAUCUUAGAUUAGGUUAUUAUCAACUAAAGGUUAAACUCGAUGAUGUGAUGAAGACUGCUUUUAGGAGUAGAUAUGGAUACUACGAGUUCUUAGUAAUGUCGUUUGGUCUAACCAAUGCCCCUGCAGUUUUUAUGGAUCUUAUGAAUAAGAUCUUUCAACUGUACUUAGAUAAGUUUGUCAUUGUUUUCAUUGAUGACAUUCUUAUCUUUUCUCCUAAUGAAGAGAGCCAUAAGGAGCAUCUUGCCAUUGUAUUGCAGAUUUUGCGAGAAAAGAAGUUGUAUGCCAAGUUUGAUAAGUAUAAAUGUGAGCAAAGCUUUCAAGAGUUGAAGAAUAGAUUGGUCACAGCACCAAUUCUUACUAUUCCCGACAAUGGAGGAAACUUUGUGGUAUAUACCGAUGCUUCUCAUAAAGGCUUGGGUUGUGUACUUAUACAACAUGGACAGGUGAUAGCUUAUGGGUCCAGACAGCUCAAGACGCAUGAGAGGAAUUACCCUACACAUGAUUUAGAACUUGCGGCCAUAAUUUUUGCACUUAAGUUGUGGAGGCAUUAUUUGUAUGGAGAAGAGUUUGAGGUGCACACUGAUCACCAAAGCUUGAAAUAUUUAUUUUCACAAAAAGAGCUUAACUUGAGACAAAGAAGAUGGGUGGAGUAUUUGAAUAACUAUAAAUGCAAAAUUGUCUAUCAACCCGGAAAAGGAAAUGUGGUUGCAGAUGCACUUAGUAGAAAAUCAACUAGCAACUUAGCAAGCUUAAUGGUGAUGGAGUGGAAACUCUUAGAAGAAUUCAAAGACUUGAAUGUCAAAUUUGUGCCACCAAAAUUUGAUGUACUAGUGUCUAGUUUGAUGGUUCAACCUACACUAUUGUCAAAUAUCAAGGAAGCACAACAGAAAGAUUCAAGAUUGAUGGAGUGGAUGAAGGAUAGUGGAAAAAGCUUUGAAACGGGUCUUCAUAUUUCGGAUGAUGGAAUCAUAAGACUUGGAGAUAGAAUUUGUGUUCCAUAUGAUGAAGAGUUAAGGACGAAAUUACUCCAAGAAGCACACAAGUCCAAUUAUACCAUUCAUCCUAGGAGUACCAAAAUUGGUAAAAACAAGGCACUAGAAGCUAGAAGGGCAACUUCAACCUUUGCCUAUACCGGAGUGGAAGUGGGAAGCCAUCUCAAUGGACUUAAUUGUGGGAUUGUUGAAGACGAGAAGGCAAUUUGAUGCAAUUUGGGUGAUUGUGGAUAGACUGACAAAGUCAACUCACUUUUUGGUCCUAAAACAAAAAGACCCAUUGGACAAGUUGGCCAAGCUUUAUGUUUAAGAGAUUGUUAGACUCCAUAGAGUCCCAGUGAGCAUUGUAUCAGACAGGGAUCUAAGGUUUACUGCAAGAUUUUGGAGAUCUUUUGAGGACAUGCUAAGAGCUUGUGCAUUAGAUUUGUCUGAGAGUUGGGAUGAUCGUCUUUCAUUGGCAGAGUUUACUUAUAAUAAUAGUUAUCAUUCCAG